GAAGAGAGCAGUCCAAAUUGGAGUCAAUUGGUAGAAAAAUUAGAUUUCCUUUCCAUCUUACCCUUAUAAGUUAAAACCCUUCUUGCAUCAUAGCCUCCAUUGAAGUUAGUGUUAAGUCAUGGACAAGAGAACAUGUUCAGUCAUUCUAAUUGUUUGUGCAUUGGCAAUUGCCCUCCAAGUUUUUGUCUUAUUCCCACUUUCACCUGAUAUUCUCCGUCUUCCUCCAACUUCUUCCACUUUGCUUGCCCCAUCAAACAGCAAGUUACAGGAAGUGGAUAAACUUGGAGAAGGGGUUUUGAAGAAACCAGAGGCCAUUGCUGUGGACAAAAUGGGUGUUCUUUAUACAGCUACUAGAGAUGGUUGGAUCAGAAGAUUGUACAGAAAUGGAUCAUGGGACAGUUGGAGGCAUAUUGACAGCGAUGCUUUACUUGGAUUAACUACAACAGCAGCUGGUGAUCUUGUUGUAUGCGACUCCGAGAAGGGUUUGCUUAAGGUUGGAGAAGAUGGUGUAACAGUUCUUGCAUCCCAUGUUAAUGAUGUCAAAAUAAGUUUUGCAGAUGAUGUGAUAGAGUCAGCAAAUGGUAAUUUGUACUUCAGCAUUGCGAGUACAAAAUUUAGCCUCCAUAAUUGGCACCUUGAUGUGCUUGAGGCAAAGCCUCAUGGGCAGCUUUUAAUGUACUCUCCAUCAUCAAAGGAGACAUCUAUUUUGCUUGAUAAUCUUGCCUUUGCAAAUGGUGUUGCCCUCUCUGCAGAUCAAGAUUUCUUGAUCAUUUGUGAAUCUUGGAAAUUUAGGUGCUUAAAAUAUUGGCUAAAAGAGGAAAAGAUGGGGCAAACAGAGAUAUUUAUUGACAAUCUUCCUGGUGGACCUGAUAACAUAAAUCUUGCUCCAGAUGGCUCUUUUUGGAUUGCCUUGUUACAGCUGGUUCCUAAUGGGCUGGAAUUUGUGCACAGAUCAAGAACACUAAAACACAUUAUAAUGUGUUUCCCUAAAUUAAGCAAAUGGGUAAUUGGUGUCAACGACAAAGCAACUGUCAUCAAUGUAGCAAGUGAUGGCAAGAUAAUAAGGAGAUUUGAUGAUCCAACAGGAAAGGUUAUGUCCUUCGUAACAUCUGCACUGGAGUUUGAAAAUCAUUUGUAUUUGGGAUCUCUUAAUUGUGAUUUCAUAGGAAAACUGCAGUUGACAGCUUCAUAAAGAUAGCACUGCUUAAGUUGGGACUGCACACAUCAAUAAUACUGUAACGAGGUUCCUAAUCUAGUUCAGUCCCAUGGUGCCAGUAAUAGUACUUUGUAUAAAUUGAAGAUAUUCGGGUUCUGGGUUUGAAGAAGGAAAAGUACCAAGAGCAUUUUCGUACACAA